AUGUUCUACGCGGGGCCCCUCGUGCAGAAGACGGGGCCGCUCGCUCGGGUAUGGCUGUCGGCCAACCUGGAGAAGCGGCUCUCCAAGACACACAUUCUGCAAUCUAACCUACAGGACAGCGUCGAAGCCAUCAUCACUCCGACGCAAGCGCCGAUGGCUCUCCGUCUGAGCGGCCAGCUGCUUCUUGGUGUCGUCAGGAUUUACAGCCGCAAAGCGCGAUAUCUCUUGGAUGACUGCAACGAGGCUUCGAUGAAGAUCAAAAUGGCCUUCCGCUCCAGCGAUGACCACGACAUUCCCGAAGGCAACUUGCAAGUCCACAACCGCGAGGCUCUCACUCUACCGGACAAGAUCACGCCUCUCGACAACCUCGACUUGCCCCCGCCGCCUGAUGCCGCCUGGUUGCUGUCGCAGAUCGAUGAAGUAUCAUCUACGCCGAUGGGCCGAAAGGGCCGCGUCAGCAAUCGCGACAUCAACCUGCAGGAGGACUUCAACAACAGCCAGUACCUGCAAGACUCGACCCAGAUGGACGACGAUCUGGCGCUGGAGCCGAUGGAGGAUAUCGAGCUGGAACUCGAUUUCGGCAUGGAUCUCGACGACGACGACGAGCGGCCGACGGCCGUGGACGUGGAAAUGGGUCGAGAAGCGCCCGAAGCCCGUCCCAUCGAGGACGACAUGAUCAGCGAGCUCGACAUGCUGCCGCAACAGAAGGACCCGCAGGGCCGGGGUCGAGAGGAGUCAUUGGCCCUAGACGUGCACGGAGACGGCAUCCGCAUCGCCGACGAAGAGGGCGACAUCCCAAUGGGCAUGGGCGAUGACGAUUUCCAGUUCAACCCCGACGACGACCAGACGGCCCUCGCCGGCCUCGCUACUGCUGUACCCGAUAUGAGCCGCGCUCGCAUCUCCGAGUCGCCGUUGUCGGACAUCGACGAGGAGACAACCAGACGGCUAGACGAGGAGGUAUCGCGCUGGCAGAACGCCGACCUCUAUGAGCCGUCCGAACAAGGCGAUCCGUCGGCCGCUCGCCACCCGCAACGCGCAAAGAAGAGGAAGCUAUUGCUUCCCGAUGACCAGACCAUGCUCGCGAGCAACCACAUCAAGGAGCAGCAGACGAACCGCGACAACAUCCUGAAGCCCCAGGUCUUUUUGCCUAGGGAUCCCUUUGUCCUGGCGCUGAUGGAGAUGCAGAAGAACGGCGGCUUCGUCGCCAACGUCAUGCUCGACGGACGUAGUGCCGCUUGGGCACCCGAACUCCGCGGGAUGCUGUCGUUCGAAGCCACAAGAGCGAGCGACUUGAAGAAGAGGAAACGGGAUAGCGGGAUUGCCGAUAUGGAUGGCGGCGGCACGCCCAAGUCGCCGCGUCUGGAGAUUGGGGAGGAAGACGAAUUCGCCGUGGAGGGAGGCGCCAACAACCUCGGCGACCAGAGCGUCGCCGGCGGCGAUAGCACCGUGCACGAGAUCCCCGCCGACGACGGCGGCAUGGGCCUGCAGAUGGACGACGACGACCACCACACGGCCGAGAGGGACGGUUCCUCCAUGGCUCCCUUUGACGAGACGACGGCCCCGAUCGUUCACCCACAAGACAGCGGGCCGGUAUCGCACGCGACCAAACACGCGGUGCACGUGCUACGCGACCUGUUCGGCCCCGAGGCCGAGACGGACGACGAGAAGCGCAAGACGUCGUCGGUCUUGUUCCAGGACCUCCUCCCCGAAGAGCGGACCACCAAGGCGGACGCGACCAAGAUGUUCUUCGAGUGCCUCGUGCUCGCGACCAAGGACGCCAUCAAGGUCGAGCAGGGCGAGAGCAUGGGCGCGCCCAUCCGUAUCCGCGGCAAGCGGGGCCUCUGGGGUGCCUGGGCCGAACGCGAGGCCGGCGGCGAGAUUGCGGGGCAAGAAGAGGAGGAGAAUGCAGAAGCGGAGCCACAGCCCCAAGUACAACGGAACCACGCUAGCGCGCUUCACGUGGCCGUCGAGGCCUAG